UUUAAAUUUAGGGUUACUCUGAAUAUGAAAGAAUAACAAUGUUCCAGUAAGAAGGCAGAUUAUCACCCUGAGUAUGAAAAGUGAAUUGACAGAUCUAAAUGUGUGCUACUAACGAAGAGCUAUAAAGCAACAAAACCCAAAGCCAAAAAAAUAAAAGCCAACAUUUAACAAAAAAAGUAUGAAUGGCCAAGAAAUAUGAAGGAAUCGUGGGGAGCAGGAGCAGAGACUGCGCUGAGGCAGGUGGGAAUGGAAGCAGAAGUAAGUAGGAGGUCCGCAGGAGAUGUAAAGUUACAUUGAAGACUUCUCCAAGGCUUCUGUUAAGCCACAGCAGCAACCAACCAUGUGCAGUCCGAAAACCACAGAAGACAACGUGAGUUUGAAUGAGAAUUCACAUUGUGGAAACAGGAUGAAGUUAAUCAGUGAAAAGUUGCCCAAGAAUCCCUUUUAUGCCUCUUUAUCUCAGCAUGCUGCAAAGAACCAAAAGUUCUUCCAGUGGAAGAAGAAGACUGAUCUUUAUAGCCAUGCUAACUUGGUGGAUAAGGCACUGCAGAUCUUGAAGGAAAGGAUAAGAAAAGGGGAUGCUCUCGCAUAUUUUCUACGAGGUCAACUCUAUUUUGAAGAGGGAUGGUAUGAAGAAGCAUUCGAGCAGUUUGAAGAAAUCAAGGAGAAAGAUCAUCAAGCAAUGUACCAGCUAGGAGUAAUGUAUUAUGAUGGACUGGGCACCAUACAAAAUGCUGAAAAAGGCGUGGACUAUAUGAAGAAAAUUCUUGAUUCUCCAUGUCCCAGAGCAAGACACUUACAAUUCGCAGCUGCUUACAACCUUGGCAGGGCUUAUUAUGAAGGAAAAGGUGUUCCACGAUCAGAUGAGGAAGCUGAAAGACUGUGGGUGUUUGCUGCAGACAAUGGAAAUCCAAAAGCUAGUGUGAAGGCCCAGAGCAUCCUCGGAUUGUAUUACUCAACCAAAGAACCUAAAGAGUUAGAAAAGGCAUUUUAUUGGCACUCAGAAGCAUGCGGCAAUGGGAAUCUGGAGUCCCAGGGUGCACUUGGUCUCAUGUACUUUUACGGCCAGGGCAUCCGCCAGGACACCGACGCUGCCUUGUAUUGCUUACGAGAAGCAGCAGAGCGUGGCAAUGUCUACGCUCAAGGGAAUCUCGUGGAGUAUUACUACAAGAUGAAGUUUUUUACAAAGUGUGCUGCCUUUUCCAAAAGGAUUGCUGACUACGAUGAGGUUCACGACAUCCCCAUGAUAGCCCAGGUUACUGACUGUCUCCCGGAGUUCAUCGGCAAAGGCAUGGCCAUGGCGUCCUUCUACCACGCACGGUGUCUGCAGCUGGGCUUGGGGAUCGCAAAGGAUGAAGAAGCUGCUAAACACUAUUAUACUAAAGCUUGUCACCUGAAUCCGGAGCUGGCAGAUGGACUCUACUCCCUCCUCAUUCACCAAGGAAUUUAGACAUCAGUGCAUUGCAACAAAGACCAGCAAUCCUAACACCCUAAAUACCUGCAUUUUUAUGGUAGCUAUGGUUGGUUAUUUUCUGCAUUCAAGUUACCUUAUCUUGGGUAAUUUACAGAGGUUUCCUUCUUAAAUUUGCAAGCAGUACUUUUUGCAAAUUGAAACCUAGCCACAGAAUCAAAUUGCUUAGUACUCAGGGUAUAUUGAAACCAUGUCAUAAAGCAAGUAUCUUUCCUCUCUUUAACAUGAAGUGUCUGAAAACAUUGAGAGUGUUUUACUUUAAUAUAUUCAGAAGAAUAAAUGCUAUAAACUUCUUUAAGACAUCAUUUGAAAAUGUAAUUAUUUACAUUUAUUUGAUCCUUAGUUUUGUGAAUUCGGAAGAAUGAAUUUUUAAUUUUAAUUUUUUGUGUCACUUAAAAAUUAAAGCUCA